AUGAAGCUGCAAGUAGCUGCAAAGAACGGGAAUUGGAGGCGCGAGGUUCCAGAAGAAUCGUGCUAUCGUUUAAGGUCUAACAGCCAAUUUUCAUGUAAAAACAUAAACAUCUUAAGAUCGACCAACAUGCGACAUAAGCAUCAAAUGCCAAAAACAAAAACGUUUAAGAAUUUUAUAUGGUUAGACGACUUGAUCUCGUGCGUGUAUUUAUCAUCAGGGAUCGCAACAGACGAGAAGCGCACACAAAUAUUGCGUUCUUCUCUCGCUUUAUUUUUAUUUUUUGAUGCAAUUUUCUCGCUUAGCUUAGCACUCAAAUUAUAUGGAAGUUGUUUACGAUCAAAAGAAAAUUACAACUUCUCAAUUUAA